GACAAGUGCGCCAUCUGCCGGAACUCGCUCAACGAGCCGUCCUUCGAGUACGAGGCGAACCCGUCGCCGAUCAACGAGAACGGCCUGUCGAUCGCCUUCGGCUGCUGCGGCCACGCGCGUCCGCCGGGCCUUUCGUUCCGCCUUCCCUCGCGCGCGCGCGUGACUCACCAACGCUCCGCGCAGGUCUUCCACCUCGACUGCAUCCAGCGCUGGCUCAAGACGCGGUCCGUCUGCCCCCUGUGCAACAAGGAGUGGGAGUUCGCCAAG